GGUAUUUUGGUGAAUGUCGUGUCCAAAAAAUAAGUCAUUUUUCAGGAUAAAAAAACAAACAAGAUAGAAACAAAUUCAAGAGUACUGACUAAUUACUCUCUUUCAGAGGACAUCUUAGUUUUUCCCCCUCCAUUUUUUUUUUCUUUUUUCUUCCUUCCUCCCUCCUUCCAGGCUUUUUUCCUGUGGGUAUGAUGGGAGAUGCAGCUGGAUAUUAUGCCCCCCUCCACGCUCACAUUCAGAUACAGAAACACGCUCUUCCUCUCCUCUCUCCCUCUCUCUCUCUCUCUCUCUUUUUCUCUCUUUCUCUCCCCCCUUCAUGUCUAUCUAACUCUGCGGAGAGGUAAACAGAAGGGGAGAUCUCAUUUAGUUCCUGAACUGUUGCAGCGCUCCGUGCUGCUGCUCACUCUCUCUUGAAUCUUGGUCAUUCAGAGGCACCAAAGAGACAAAAAAAAAAAUCUUGGACUGGACUCGCAACUCGGAAGCAUUUACAGAAGGAGAGAAGGCAAAAAUUAAAAAGAGCGACAGGGAUCAGAGGAGUGCAACGUUUUGCACACAAUGAGCGUCCAGCUGCCGUGGGGAAAACAUGAGCAACUGCAGGAAUAUGAGGAGUAAUGCUGCUGAGUGAACUUUGUGGAUAUCACUGAAUUAAUUCCCUUAAACUUUGGGAGGGAGUUGACUAUAAAGACAGGAAAGGUGGGACUCUGGAGACAGGAACUCUCUGAGAAGCAUGGCGGCCACCAGCCCUUCCUCCUGCCACCCUUUUCUCUUCUUCUUCAUUUCCUUCCUUGUCAGCCGGCCAGUACUCACCCAGGACACUUCCUUCUCCACGGCGACAGUAACCGAGGGGGACCCUGCUUUGACCCCUACUAAGCUGUCUAACCAGACAGCGCCUAGCUUUGAGGAUGUAACCCAGAGCACUCCUCCAGAGACGGGGCUCUCCACCCCCACCAGCGGUGGGGACGCAGACGAUGAAGAUGUCCCGCCGGUUGGAGGGACCCGUUGCCAGGGUUACUAUGACGUAAUGGGCCAGUGGGACCCACCGUUUAACUGCAAUGCUGGGGUCUUCCUGUACUGCUGUGGCACCUGCUUUUACCGCUUCUGCUGCCAGUUCCGUCAGCAGAGGCUGGACCAGACCAUCUGCUCCAACUACGACACGCCCAUCUGGGCCAACACCGGGAAGCCUGUGGCCACCAUCACUGAAGGCCAGGGGGAUUCAGACCGCGACCGGACGCACCUCAUCGUCUACAUCAUUUGCGGCGUUGUUGCCGUCAUGGUGUUGGUGGGCAUCUUCACCAAACUGGCUCUGGAGAAGACACGAGGAGGAAGUGGAGGAGGGGCAGGGAUACCUCAGACUGACCUCAACUCCAGGACGCUGACGGACCUGCUGAAGCAGCAGGGCAGCGAGGCGAACUCGGUAGAGAACGCUGCAUCUGGAUCGCCCAGCGGAGGGAGAGCCAACGGCGUCUCAGCCCGGAUGCCACGCAGCAGGAGUGAACAGCACCAGCUGAAUAACGCAGCCUACGGUGCGUUUGGACAGGGCCUUCCGCAGCCGCAUAAUAACCACAGCACACUGGGACUCAACAAGUACGCCUCCCUCAAAGCUGUGGCCGAAACCGCUUCCCGUAGCUACUAUAAGAGCUUUCCUGUCAUGGACUUCUCCAGUUACCAACCCGCAGCGCCUCCUGCCUUCCAGCCCUUGCAGCCUAAGGAGAAGUCCUACAUCCACCAGCCUCUGCCUGGGCACCGCGACCUCCACACCCCUCUGUCCAUCUCCAUUCCGUCCAACCACCUGGAGCACUCGCGCCUCCCCAAGACCACCACGCACCCGUUCAUCUCCAACUCGGCCUUCAAAGCCUGGGAGCCGGCCGCCCGCCACGUCCACAGACAGACCUCCGCUCCGGCGCACACCUCCUCCUCUCUGCACAGCUCCACCCGGAGACACGGCUACUCAACACGGCGGCAGCAGAGCAUAGAGAACCUGCAAGAAGUGGUUAACCAGUCCUACGGAGGUAUGUACGGAGGAGGAGGGCAGGGUCACCACGGCCACAGCCAGCACACUUCUCAACCCCCAUACUACAACCACACCAGGCAGAAGAGCUACUCCACCCACAGCGCCACCGAGGUGACUGUCUGAGUGUUUCAGUGAGAGUGACCUACCACAAUGCUAAACUCAAGAAAAACUUUGGAGCGAGCCAGGUACUGCACUUCCUUACAGUCCAACAUGACCGGGGGUUAAGCAAGGACACGCCUUCCAAUGUACAUGAAAAAACAAGAGCUCAGAUUUUCAAUUAGUGGGAAAAAACCAGGAGACAGACUCAUUGCUACUCAGGCUCCUCUCUGCUGCAUUGGGCUUGUAGAUGUUCAACCGCUGCAGUUUUGCUAUAUCACAGGAUUACAGUUGAUCAAGCCCUGUAGAGAUCCGGUCUGGAUAAAACCAAUGUUUCUCUGUCUAUAGUUUAGAAGUCGGAGCUUGGUUUUGUCCACAAACAUGUUUUUAUUUUUAAUGUUUUGGUUUUAAUAUGGAUGUCAGAGGAGCAAAUUCCAAACUUGUGUUAGCCAAGUAAAGGUUCUGGUAGCUAGCCCAGGUAUGAGACUAAACCAACUAGUCACACUGUAAUUAGUUCCUUAAAUCCAAAAAAGAACCACAUUUUAGGGAACUUAUAUUAUGGUUUCUUGCCUGGAGUAAAGAUAGUGAAUCAGUAACACUGCUAUGCAAUCUGGCAGAGUUGGGAGUAGAUGGAGCUCUAACUCCGGUGGAGUUAGCUGCCUAGCUAACCAGCUGAUCAUAUUAAAUCUGAGAUUAAACAAUGGGUUCUCAUUUUACCAGAGUCUGGUACAGCCCAGAGCUUUGACACAAAAAACACAGAAACACCCAGUAUAUAUUCAUAACAGAAGAGGAAACGGCAAAUUUUAGCAUUUUUCUUUGUUUUUUAAUGAAAUAUGCUAUUUACAUCAACAUAAACCAUGAUGCAGAAAGAUGUACUGUAUCUCAUCCAAUGGAUGAAGCAUAUAAAAUUCAAAAUUGGCUUACUAUAAUUGCUUUUUGUUUCUGUGUUUAUAAUAAUGUGAUCAGGUUGUCAAGCAAAUCAUUUGAAAAGCUAGCAUACACGCCAAUAUUAGUACUAGCCUUUUUGCUAACUUGUUUGUCCAAAGAAAUUCAAACUAUCUGAGAAACUGGACAGUUUUUGUCAUUAAUAGUAGUUCUUAAAUACAAUUUUCAUUCUUAAAAUAAAGUAGUCUCCAGGUAGUUGAAGUAAAUAAAGGUUUAUUUCAGAAAUAGUUACAUAGUAAAUUAUAGUUAGCCUGUGUACAAACUGGCCUAUGUUUUGGGCUUAUGUAUAUAAAACUGCUCCUUUGAGUUUUAUAAUUCAAACAUGGUGUUUAUUUUAUGCAUUUUCAAUAAAUAUAGGGGGCAAUAGAAUAAGGAAUCAUGCACCUGAAUUAUGAAUUAUGUCAUAUUUAGUCACUUAAUCACAGCCUUCAGUGUAGUUUAUGUGGUUUUAUGUAAUAGAACAACAUAAUGGGUACAGUUAGAAGGAAAUGUUAUAGCUUUUUUAAAUUUAUAUCUAUAUUUUUUUACAAAUAAGAAUAUAACAAGUAAAUUUUUGGCCACUUUACACAGACACCCCAAAAUAAAAUCCUGCGCAAUCAACUCAACUCCCCUGAGAAGUCCUCUUUUGUUUCCAAUUUAAUCUCAGAAUAAAAAAAAAUAAAAAAAGCGUUUUCUGAUUCCAGGUGAACUAAGCUGGUAGAAACGGCCCAGAAGACCUGCAGCUGUAACUGCAGCCAGGUUCUAACAGGCAGCGACUCAAAGCUUCAGAGUGUGAAUACUUCUGCAAGGCAUUGAAGUGACAACUUCCUUUAACCAACAAGGGUAUUUUUUUUUCCUUUUUUUUCUUUCAUGUCUCUUUUGUUGCACUGUUAAGAAACAUAAAAAUAGUAAUAAAACGGUCAAAUAUACAUUGAUUCUUUAACUUAAUAGAUGCAAACAACUAUUUUUGUUCAAAUAGUGUAGAGGUUUAUGCAACUUUAGACAUGUUUUUAGCUUUGCUUUAUGGGGCUGACUUCUGUCAAAUUUUCACUUCAUUCAUGACCUUGAGUAAAA